GAAGAUCAUAUUCGAGCAUCGAAGCAACCUCGCACUUCUGCAAGCUUUUCCAUUGAGUAACCGCCUUAAUGGGAAAAAACCUGCUGAGGCGCUCUUCGUUGUUACUGUAAACGUAGCGUGCUAUCUUCACCCCGUAAACAAGCGAGGGCGCUCUUCUUUCCCAUCUCUGCAAUCUCCUUCUUGGAGCUUCCCUUCCGUUAAGAGCUAGAGGAACCUGUGCGAGCAAGAGCCGCAACCUCUCAAUUAGACUUAGUUGUUGAUUGUAGAUUGAUGUCUGAUUUUGUCUCAGUAGAGCGAGAAAUUCAAGGACUCGUUUAUUUUGACAAUUGAAGAGAACCAUUGUUGUAAGGGAGGGUUAGGCAGAAAUUCUUGACCUUUUAAAUAGACAGAAAUUUGGUGUUACAGUCGCUAAACAAUGGCAGAGGAAUCUGAGAAGGUGGUUAUUGAAAGCGAAAAGAAGGAGAGUGCAGAGAAGGUGGCUGUUGAAAGCGAAAAGAAGAGAUGGGGUGAUGAAGAAGCUGAUGAAGAACCAGAAAAAGUUGAUAUCGGUUCUCUAACUCUUGCUGGAAAGAAUGCCAUUGAUGAUCCACAUGAAUCUGAAAUAGAGGUUAAAACAGGUGAUUCUUUGUACACCUCAGCAAAAACUUUUGAGGAGUUGAAUCUUUCGAAAGAGCUACUCAAAGGUUUAUAUGUAGCAAUGGGUUUCAGUCGCCCCAGUCGAAUACAGGCUGUAAGCCUUCCAAUGAUCGUUACACCACCAUAUAAGAGCUUAGUAGCACAAGCCCACAAUGGUUCUGGAAAGACCACUUGUUUUGUGCUUGGCAUGUUGAGUCGAGUCGACCCAAAUCACAAAGUCCCUCAAGCACUAUGUGUAUGCCCCACAAGAGAACUAGCUAUUCAGAACCGGGAGGUGCUUUUAAGGAUGGGGAAAUACACUGGUAUAACGAGUAUGUGCGCAGUUCCUACUGACAAGAAUAGUUUUAUUACAACUUCAAGAAUGGAGGCGGUAACUGAACAAGUUGUGAUUGGGACUCCUGGAACUUUGAAAGGGUGGAUAGCAAAAAGAAAGUUAAGCACUCGAUAUAUAAAGAUUCUUGUAUUUGACGAGGCUGAUCAGAUGUUAGCUGAGGAGGGAUUUAAGGAUGAUUCUCUGAGGAUCAUGAAAGCUAUUGAAGGAAAUAAAUCCAAUUCAGAUCCUAACUGUCAGGUCCUUUUAUUCUCUGCAACAUUUAAUGAAACUGUGAAAGAUUUUGCAUCAAGAAUUGUAAAGGAUGGCAAUCAUAUGUUUGUUAAGAAAGAAGAGCUUGCUUUGGAUACUAUAAAACAGUAUAAAGUUCAGGUCCCGGAUGAGCUUGCCAAGUUAGAGGUGUUGAAGAACAAGAUCUUUUUGUUGGCUCAAAAGUUGGGUCAGACAAUUAUUUUUGUUAAUACGAGGCAAAGUGCGAGCAUCUUGCAUCGUACACUAGAGAAAGAAGGAUGGGAUUGCACAUCAAUUCAAGGUGCACUUGAACUAGAUGCCAGGGAUCGCAUUGUCAACGAGUUCAAGUCUGGAUUGACGAAAGUUCUCAUAUCUACUGAUGUAUUGGCUCGUGGUUUUGAUCAAGCCCAGGUGAAUCUGGUGGUGAAUUUUGAUCUCCCUAUCAAAUAUCAGCAUCCCGAUCCUCAGAAUCCUCGUCAAAGAAGAAGAACUGAACCUGAUUACGAAGCAUAUAUACAUAGGAUUGGUCGAGCUGGCCGUUUUGGUCGGAAAGGAGCUGUUUUUAACUUUAUGAGCGGACAUGAUGAUGCUGAACUGAUGGAGAAAAUAGAAAAACAUUUCCAGCACAAAAUAAAAGAGAUUUCAUCGUGGGAGAGUGAGGAACUUUUUGAGGCUGCUCUCAAAGAGGCUGGUCUAGCGUAGUAUCAUCAUUUCGGAGUUGGAAUAAAGUUUGGAGUUGUGUUUUUGGUGAUUGAUGUGGUGAGAUUGUAUAUUCGUGUGGAGCAUUGUGUUGAAAUUGUAUGUUCAUGUGGAACAUGAAACAAGAAACUCAUACAAACUAUGAGGUUAAGAAAUGCCCUACCCGUCGACAGUUGGGAGAUAUCAGCAUGUUAGAACAAAGAAAAUCUUGGUAGAUUAUUUGUAAAGUGAAAAAAGAGAGUACUACUAUAUGUACUUGCUUGAUCAUUGUAUAUUAACAAGUCAUUUUAGGAGUAUGCUGGCAUUUUAUAUUGGAUUCUUUAUAAA